UCUCGUGACGUAUGCGGCCGUCAGUUAGAGGCGCCAUCUUGAUGUCUCCGAAGUGACCAGAAAAGACGACAAGCGGCAGAAAUUCAGCACAAAUCCGGCGAUACUUUUCUCUUAGUCAGAGCGGAACAUUGAGCUACAUGAGUUCAUGGACUGCCUGCUAAUCAAUGGCCACGUCAACGAUAAGAGUCGCCUAGGUUUACCCGGGUCUCUCCGCUCAAAGAUGGACGACAGCGCGGCGAGGGACGACGCCUGCCGAGAGUACCAGUCCUCUCUGGAAGACCUGACGUUCAACAGCAAGCCGCACAUCAACAUGCUGACCAUCCUGGCCGAGGAGAACCUCCACUUCGCCAAGGAUAUCGUCGCAAUUAUUGAAGCGCAAAUAAGCAAGGCCCCGUCUGCCGAGAAGCUUCCAGUUUUGUACUUAGUGGAUUCCAUAGUGAAGAAUGUUGGAGGAGAAUACCUUGCAGUGUUUGCUAAAAACCUAAUCACUUCAUUUAUAUGUGUCUUUGAAAAGGUACAGUUCUCUUUGCUGCUGUUUAGCUUUCUUCAACAUUUAAGAACUUAAACUGUUUAGCAGCCCACCUCACUGCCCUCCUGUU